GAAUCUUGAUACUUUACUCUCCUCCAUAGAAGCGUAGACGAUUGGAGAAAGACCUGAGCGGUUUCACUGUUUUACCCCCGGAGUUUCUUUAUCAGAACACCCAGUUAUACACACACACACAUAUAUAUAUAUAUAUAUACAUACACAAUUUUUGUGUAUAUAUAUAUUCACUGUCGCAAAAAAUCUGUUUUUAUUUUUUUGGAAAGUUAUUACUCACAGGAAAACUCCGACUACAAAACAAAAGAGAAGAUAAAAAAGGAAGAAGGUGAGAGUUUAAGCUCUGAAUUAGUUUGAUUUCAAUGGCGAGGCCUCAUCAGGAAGCAAUUGAUACCUUUAUCAGUAUUACUGGAGCAUCCGAAGCCAUCGCCGUGCAAAAGCUUGAGGAGCAUGGCGGGGAUCUCAAUGUAGCUGUGAAUGCACAUUUUAGUGAAGGAGACAGGAACGCUCCAGCCAAUGUGCGUGAAAUGCCAGUUGGUGUUCAGAAUGAUUUAAUGGACAUUGAUGAUCCAGUUCAAAUUGAACAGUGGCCUCCUCUGUCACAUCUACCAGCAAAUCCGAAUUCGAAUCCCCUUUCUCUUCUUGGUCCACACUUUGGAAGAAACAUAUUUGAUGGUGUUCCUGCUUUCACAAAUCCUCAACCUCUUGUUACUCAUCCAAGAGAGGUGAGACAGAUCCCCAUAGAGGUCAGGGAUGAUAAUCAGCCAUCUGGUCGGUCAGGCAAUGCUCCUAUUAUUGAAGAUGUCACUGAAACAGUGGACACACCAAUUCCUGAAGUUCAUGGGACUGUCAUUGUUGAUGAUGAAGAUGAGAUUCCUGCUGGCUUAGCUGCUGCGCAGCGGAGGGAGCAAUUCGAUGACAUGUCAAAUGAUGGAGCCCGUGAUCGGUUUAUUGGACCCCCUGUUCCUCAGUUUGGUGACUUGCAAGACACUAGUAAUGACAUUGAAGAACAAAUGAUUCGAGCUGCCAUCGAAGCUUCUAGACGGGAAGUUGAUGAAAGCUUUCCAAAUGAGCCAUUUGGUGCCGAAAGGGACUUAAAUCGUCCGGAACUUCAGCAAAGACAACCUCCAUUGGAUGACACUGAACUUGCACGUGCAGUUUCUUUGUCAUUGAAGACCGCAGAACAAGAAAAAGCAUUGCGUGAGCUGGAAAGGAAUUCUGGAGGAUCAUCAGGAGUUAUCAAACCUGAAGAGGUGGUGGAGCUGGGUAAUGUGGCUGCAACAAAUGGAAGGUUGGAGGCAGGAAGUUCAUUCAUUCAAGAUGAAACUGAAGAUUUGGAAGAGCAACCUCUUGUAAGGCAUAGAUCCAGGCGGAUGUCUUCAGGUUCUGUGGAAUCUGCCCAAGAAGUUGGAGUUGUUGAGGCUAGUCCACCAUUGAGUCCUAGACAGCCCAUCAGGAGUACUAGUCCUCAACGCAAUGGCGAGGCCUUUCAAUCUGACGAUUGGGGAGGCAUGUCAUCGUUGGAGCAUGAUGAAGCUGUAAUGCUUGAGGCUGCAAUGUUUGGUGGAAUACCUGAAGGAACUAGUUAUCGUUUUCCGUAUGCUGCACCUCAUCAGUUCAUUCAAUCUGAGGCUCCUUAUCCCCGGCCUUUUCCUCGUCCCCCUUCACCCUCUCUGACAGCUCAGCGCUUGAUACGUGAACAGCAGGAUGAUGAAUAUCUUGCAUCGCUGCAAGCGGACAGGGAAAAGGAACAGAAAGCCAAGGAAGAGGCUGAAGCUCGUGAAGAAGAGGAAAAGCGGAGAGAGGAAGAAUCUCGCAGGAAAUUAGAGGAGGAGCAGGAAUUAGAGAGACUGUUGGCAGCCAAGGAAGCUACAUUGCCACAGGAACCAGCAUCAGAUGAUGAGAAUGCUGUGAACCUUUUGGUGCGCAUGCCAGAUGGCAGCCGCCGUGGCCGUCGAUUUCUCAAGACCAACAAGCUUCAGUCUCUCUUUGACUUCAUAGAUAUUGGUAGAGCGGUCAAGCCUGGCUCUUAUAGAUUGGUAAGGCCGUAUCCUAGGCGUGCUUUCGAAGACGGUGAGAGUGCUUUGACACUGAAUGAACUUGGCCUGACCAGCAAACAAGAAGCCUUAUAUUUGGAGUUGAUAUAGAAGAUGACUCCAAUAGUUGCAGAGAUCAAUCUAUAUACUUUGCAGAACAUUUUUUAUUAAUUAAAGCUAUAGUUGGCCACAUGAAUUCUUUGUGAUUUGGCUUUGCACCGUUUGGUUGAAAAAUACAUGGUGUUUUGGGGGUGGGGGAGAUGAGCAGAGCAGGAUUGAACCCAAAAAGGGAGAGAUAACAUUAACAAUAGUUGUACCCUUUGUGGUGUCUUGUGGUUCAUGGAGAUGUUUCUGUACAUAUUUUAAUGGUUAUUCAAUAGGUGAAAUAUUUCAUCAAUUACUGUUGGAAAGGCAUAAAGAAAGCUUAGUCCU